UCCAAUCAGUGGCGAUCCGAGCUUGGUUGCUGCCUCGCCAUCAUUUUGCUACCAACUAGCUAGCUGGAUGAGAGGCUAGCUCGCUAGCCUCACAUAUACGUAAAGCUCGUCCCGUUUUUUGUUUUGUGUGCGUUUAUGUAUUUUUUCGUCGUGAAUUUACAUCUCAUCGAUCGCCCCGAGGACUACACCGAAGAUGCAGUUCAUGCUGCUGUUCAGCCGGCAGGGAAAGCUGCGCCUACAGAAGUGGUACGUGCCGCUCUCUGAUAAGGAGAGGAAGAAGAUCUCCAGGGAUCUGGUUCAGACCAUCCUGGCCAGGAAGCCCAAAAUGUGCAGCUUUUUGGAGUGGAGGGACCUGAAGAUUGUCUACAAGAGGUAUGCCAGCCUGUAUUUCUGCUGCGCAGUGGAGGACCAGGACAACGAGUUGAUCACCCUGGAGAUCAUCCAUAGAUACGUGGAGUUAUUGGAUAAAUAUUUUGGCAGCGUGUGUGAGCUGGAUAUCAUCUUCAACUUUGAGAAGGCCUACUUCAUCCUUGAUGAGUUCCUGCUGGGCGGAGAGGCCCAGGAAACCUCCAAGAAGAAUGUGCUGAAAGCCAUCGAGCAGGCGGACCUGCUGCAGGAGGAGGCCGAGGCCCCACGGAGCGUUUUAGAAGAAAUCGGGCUGACAUAGGGUUCCCGCGGCCCGAACCAACACUGGCACAUCUCGUUCUCUCCCGUUUACUGUCAGUGUUGUACUCGUACGUACUCUUGUGUAUGUGUAAUCAACAUGUCCGUGCUGUAUUCUCCUCACCUGCGCUUUCUCGUGACGUCCCGUGACUGUGGUCGGCGCCGAGUGGUUCAAUUACGCGUCUCCCCUGUAGCAGCUUUCAUAGUCAAGUCGUCUCACUGUGCAACACGCGCGAGACCAAUGUAGCAACUCCAACAUCGCCUCGGUAUCAAAUAGCGCUCAAUCAAUCAGUCGCCCUUUCCUGUUGCAGCAGAAAAAAAGUUUUUUCCAAAUAAUUCCGAUUUUAGUACUGUACAUCGUUGUUGUUUUCAUUCCUGACAUUUUACGUGUUGGGGAAAUGGCUUUUCACGUGCUGUCGAGUUCUUGCAAACGCAGACCCAAUAGAAGACUAGAUAAGACACUGGGAUGAAAUUACGUUUAAAAUGUUUUCAUUCUGUGCGGUGUUGCAUUUGUAAACCGUAAUACAUUUUUAUUUUGUACACGUCCAGGGAGAAAUGAGUACCGACUUAAAAGUGACCCAAGUAGAAAAAAAUAUAUAUUUUAUGUAGGACAAUGUUUUGGUUUACAUCCAAACAAUGGCAUUUAUGACCAAAGAACUGUGUUUUAUUUUACUGUCUGGUGUCUACGGAAACCUGUCGUGACUAAAAAAAGGGAUCUAGUAUUGUCAGAUAUUUGGAGCAAAGUAUAUUUUACGUUUCAAGUUCACGUAAGACACUGAGAAAUGUUUACUUCUCCGUACGCAGCAGCAGCAGCAAAAGUAACUGGAAAUAUCGCAUUGCUGAAUCAGAAAAGGUGCUGCCACCUGGUGUUCAUGCAAAAAAAAAAAAAAUCAGUAUUCACCCAAGAUAUCAAUUUAGUCAUUAAUUUCUGGAAAAAUGAACCAGUUUUGUAUUCACCAUCCUAUUGACAUUAAAAUUUGACAGUAUUUAAUAAAUGUCCGCAAUCUGAAA